AUUAAAAAUAAUUAAAAAUAUUUUAGAAAACGUCGCAUCGCAUAGAUAUAUCAUACUCACGUCGAGCUGUCAAAAUUGACAGCGAACUGUCAAAACUGACGCGCCAUUUUGAGAAACUCCCGCGACAUCACAUAACCCUUCCACCGACUGUACUUUUCCCGCUCGGUAUAGUCCGCGGAAUAAAUAUUGACAGUUCCGUCGUCGGAUCAAGUGUUGACUCGGCGAUCUCGCGAUCAGCUGAUAGCUCAUCUUUCCGAUCUCGACCGCAAGAUUUACGCGGGAUUCGGAAACUGAAUAAUCAAGAGCGCUCCCGUGAGUGUCGCCAAGAAAAUGUCGUAGAAAAUGAUCGAUUUCCGCGGACUGUACCGCGCCAUGCUCGGUACAGUCAGCUGGACUCUAAUUGACAGUUCGUUGCGUUGAAGACGCGAGCUUUCCCGCUCGCGAGAUAAUCCAAGGACGAGGAUCCUGACGCGAGCCAGCCGGACGACGCGUCUCGCUCUCCUCGCGGACGGCGUCUCCUCGCGACGUCAUCGGCGUCCUGGUCGCCGUCGAGGAACGCGUCGCGCGGGGACAAAAGAUUCUCGACUGACUGUACUCGGACUCGGAGUGCAGCGCGGACGGCGGUGGCAGUUUUAUUGACCGAGUGUGUUUCGUCGCACAGGAGAAACGAAAGGACGAAGAGGACGAGAGAGAGAGAGAGAGUCCACCGGCGACCCGGUGAAGCCUUCGCGAGAAUCGGCGAUGCAGAAUGUCGGUGCUCAGGGUUCGUCGUUGAAUUAAUCCCGGCUGGAUCCGCGAGCUGGGAUCCAGGAUGCUCGCGAGUGACCGCGAGGUCCGACUCCUCGAGUCUUGAAGGGAAAUUCGUUUGCUCGCUUUCCCUUCGUCGUCACGUGAUUAUCCUCGCGUACGUCACGCGUCGCGUGCGAUUUAAAUCUCCGAGAGAUACAUUGAGAUCGGUUUAAGAUGGGUAAGACCAGAGGCGUGCACGAGACGACCCCCGAAUUGAGGAAUCGGAUGGUGGGAAUGUAUGAGGCUGGUUUGGGCCUGAGGGAGAUCGCCGCUGCGAUUAAUUGUUCGCAACGUACGGUGAAGAGAUGGUUGAAUAGAUUUGACAAGGAAGGCACAGUGGAGACACGAGAACGUUGUGGUCGCAAAAGAGCCACUACCUCGGAGCAGGAUGAAGCCAUUGUUCGUCUAGCUACACAAACGCCCAUAACUGCGGCAAAGGCUGUGCUUCCUGCAUUGGGUCUCACUUGUUCUGUGGAUACUGUGAGAGAAAGACUGCACAGAGCUGGAAUUCACAAUUGGAGCCCUUCGCGCAAAUAUAUGCAAAAGAUUCCACUGGGUGAUACGGAUGGUGCAGCAAUUCAGCAGGCGGUAUGGCGACCGACCGGCACCCAAUUGGGCAAGAAGAAAACUUCCAAGGGAAGCUCGAGCAAAUCCCAGAAGAAGAGCAUCCCGACUAAGAAGAAGAAUCCAUCAAAAUCGAAGGUCAAAUUUUUAGAGGUAUACGUUGAAGGCGAUGACAAUAUUCUGAAGCAAAACCAAAAUACCGAGCAGCAGCAACAGCAACAGCAACAGGACUUCGUGUUUCCUCAGCAAAAUCUUCCUCCACCGCCUUCCGCACCUCAAGCCACCGAAAUGCAACCUUCUGUCCAAACUUCUCUAUCAACUAACCAGACGGAGUUUAGUAACGCAUUGAGUCUAGCGCAACAAUCACAAUCCAUCUAUCAACAUCCAGGAUUGAACGUGGCACAAAAUUGGCCGCUAGAUUUAGUACAAGGCAGUCAUCAUUAUCCACAGGGACAACCGAUAUCUCACGAGCACUCUUUGCCGCAACAGCAGCAACUGCAAGACCUGCACACACAGCAGGAACAACAACAACAUCAGCAACAGGCCCAGCAGCAUAUGCAAGAGCAAUCACGAUUGCAGGAUCAAUCGCAUCAGCAGAAUAUUCAGAAUACUCAUCAUCAUAAUCUCGAUCAGCAACAACUGCCGGUGGAGCAUCAGAUUCAACAACAACGCUUGCAGUCCACUAUAUCUAGCCCGGAGCAGACGAUCGUGAUAGGCUCGGAGAGUUCUUGUAGUUCUUCCAACGAGAAUAGUCAAUCGUCUUGCGAGCCCCAGCAGAAUAAGGAAUCGUCGAGGAAAAGUGAUAGGAAAUCGGAAUCGGAACGGCAAAAGAAGAAGAAGAAGGGCGGCAAAGCGAAAGGGACAUUGGAGACGAGCGUGGAAAUCAGAAAUCGCAUGAUUGGAAUGGCCGAAGCCGGAUUAUCGACUCUGUCCAUCGCUCUGGCAAUCGAUAGAUCGGAACGUACUGUUAAAAGAUGGUUAGAACGUUGGCAUAAGGAAGGCAAUGUACAAACGAAGGAACGAAAGGGCCGACGUCGGAUCACUACCAAGGAACAAGACGAUGCCAUCGUCGCGAUGGCAACUCAGCAUCCUCUCACCGCUGCUAAAUACGUAGCGCCUGCGCUAGGGUUAAAUUGCAGCGUGGAUACGAUUAGAGAGAGGCUUCAUAAAGCUGGGAUACACAGCUGGAAAUUAGGCAAAAAGCAAGGAGAAGGAAAUGCGGUCCACACUGUUCAUUUGUGGCAACCAAGUGGUAAUCGCCCUAAUAAGCCGAAAAUGCCCGGAGAAAAGAAAAAGAAAAGUGCUGGUAAUAAUAAAAGACGUGAUCAGAUAACGAGCAGCAGUCAGAAACGCGUCGUGCGGAAGAAGAAAAACGACGAGCCGUCGACGUUGAAAACGGCUCCGCCUCCAACGAAUAUGAUACCGGAGCAGUCCGUGUUGCCGUUCCACAAUCCUGGAAACAUGACGAAUUACGCUUCGGGCCCUAACAUAAUGCAACCGGUGCAUAAUAUCGGCGCAUCGGUGCCUCCCGCACUGCCGCAACCACCUCCGCCUCCACCACCGGCGCCGCAACCGAUGCAGCAGCAGCCGAUGGGUCCAAUAAUGCCGCAGAGACCGGAUUGCAGAUUAGCACCGACCAUAGUUCCACCUGUGUCGGUCAAUUCCGGUGUCGCCUAUCCAUCGUGCAUGGUCGGUAGCGGACACGCGGGUCACAUGGAGCAAACGGAUCCUUUAAAUUAUGAACCGUACAUUUGGAGUUUUUAAAUAUCAAGUAACGACAAUCUAAAAUCGCGACAGAAUAUUGAAUGAAAAGGCAACGUGCAUUUGAGGGAAAUACACCAAUCUAGUUUUACAUUUUGUUCUUAUAAAAAGAAACACCGCAAAUGUGAAAAUCAGUAUACGUCAAUUUUACAUUAAGAAUAUUUUUUACGUGAUUUGACUUGUGCAUAAAUUGCAAUAUUAGAAGGUACAAUUUCUACAUGUGCAAGAAGAAAGUUUGGUAAAUUUAUUGUUAUAUCUGUGAGAAAAAGUUAUAUUAACUUAAAAUUGUUUAUAAUAAUAUGCAGUGCAUUUAGACCAAUUUAAGUAAAUUAACAUAAAGAUGAUAAUUUGUACAUAUAGAAUACAUAUAGAGUCAUGUAGAAUCAUGUAGUGUAGCGAAAACGUACACAUCAUUUAUUUUGCUAUGAUAUAUCGUCUUUUUAAAUAAUAUGGAGUCAUAAUCAUAGA